AUACAAAUUAAAAGAGGCAAGUGUUUGUCUACUUUUUUGAUUCCGAAAAUACCCUUAAUGAUUGCCUACCUCAGAUCAACGCUUCCUUAGCAACUUCCGCGCAGCGUUCCCAAAUGACAAACCCCAAACAACACCCAGACUCGCGCCUCCAAAUUGAAGCAGGGCACACGCCUCACACCAACGAGUCAACGACCAUCAAAUCUGCCAGCUUUUCCUCACCCACUCCUACUAAUGACCUUCUCGCCAAGGCAAAAAAAUUCUUUUUCCACCAUUCCCACAACCCAAAAUCUUUUCCUGCGGCAGCCUCUAUUGUUGUUCGCCAUUGCCCGCCACCCAAAAACUCUUCUUGCCGCAACGUUCAUCGUUUCACAUGUAACAACCGUUAAACCCUAGCUAUCAAAUAUGGUUGAGCAAGCAGCAUUGCGAAGGAUGAGGGAUACUACUUUUGGUAUAGGAUGGGUCGUAACGCAACUGAUCUUUCUUCCAAGGCUAUGUUGCCACUGGAAAGCUCUCAUUUCACUCUCGAAAGUUCUUCUAAAUUUAGAAUUUUUUCCCAGAUUGUCGGCUCCACAUGAAUCUGACAGUCAGCUCGUAUCACGGCGUCGGCAGGAGCAAGAGUUGCAGAUCAUAUCCGAGGACUGCACAACUAAGAAGAAGAAGCCUGGACAGGAUAAGGAUGUAAUGGAGGAGGUUCACAAAACCCAUCAAGCAAUUCAGUCUGCCAGAUCACUAGACAAGUCAAUUUCAACCCUUCAAAUGGAGUUAGCUACCACUCAAAGUUCUCAUGAGGUGAGGAGGACUGAUGAGUCCACCCUGUCUCAUGAGGACUCACAAAGGAAGAAAGCUUUCAUAGUUAUUGGAAUAAAUACUGCUUUUAGUAGUAGGAAGAGGCGUGAUUCCGUUCGACAAACUUGGAUGCCUCAAGGUGAGAAGCUUCUUCAAUUAGAAAAAGAGAAGGGAAUCAUCAUCCGAUUCAUGAUUGGCCACAGUGCAACGUCCAACAGCAUAUUAGAUCGAGCUAUUGAUUCAGAAGAUGCUCAGCAUAAGGACUUUCUUAGGCUGGAACAUGUAGAAGGAUACCACGAAUUGUCCGCAAAAACCAAAACUUUCUUCUCCACUGCUGUUGCAAAAUGGGAUGCCGAUUUCUACAUUAAAUUGGACGAUGAUGUCCAUGUCAAUUUGGGCAUGCUGGCUGCAACUCUUGCCCGUCACCGAUCAAAGCCCAGGGUGUACAUUGGGUGUAUGAAAUCUGGGCCUGUUCUUUCUCAAAAGAAUGUCAAGUACCAUGAACCUGAGCACUGGAAAUUUGGAGAGGAAGGGAACAAAUACUUCAGACAUGCAACUGGGCAGAUUUAUGCUAUCUCAAAGGAUUUGGCCACAUAUAUAUCAAUCAAUCAGCCCAUAUUGCACAAGUAUGCCAAUGAAGACGUGUCCCUUGGUUCAUGGUUUAUUGGUCUUGAAGUUGAGCACAUUGAUGAGCGCAAUAUGUGCUGCGGUACUCCACCAGAAUGCGAGUGGAAGGCACAGGCCGGUAAUGUAUGCAUUGCAUCGUUUGACUGGAGCUGUAGUGGAAUUUGCAAAUCCGUGGAGAAAAUGAAAUUUGUUCAUGAAAGGUGCGGUGAAGAGGAGGCAGCUGUUUGGAGCACUCUAUUCUAACGUAAUCCUUUUCUGACUGAGAUUCUUGUCAAAAAUCAAUGGAGCGACAUAUUCUUCAGCCAACUGGAAUGAAGGAGACAGUUUCCAAUAGUUGAGAUUGUACAAUCCAUACAUAUACAUUCAGAUUUCCAAAGACUGCCUCUGCAUGGUAACCUUCAAAUUUACAGGCAACAGCAGAAGUGUUUAUUGAAUACUAAAUGUUUUUUUAUCAGAUCGAAAGUAACUUAUGCACAAAGUGAUUCCUUCAAACUGGAGAUGACAAUGUAAUUUGGGGAAAUUAUAAAGAGGAUGUAUUUCUUGUGAAUUUGCGCCCUCGAGGUGAAGUCUUAUCCACAGAGUAGGUUGAAUAUUUUAGAUAUGCUUUCAA